GACGACGCUAGGAGCUGUCCGUGGUGCUGAAAGCCUGAAGCACAGCCUCCCAGCGCAGAGAGAGCAGAGAGAGCAGCGUCAGCGGCUCUACAGUCCACAGGCUUCAGCCACUGGAGUCACACAUCUCCGUAGUCUGUAGACUGUAGUCGUGUUGGCGGACCGACACCAAGAGCCCAUCGUCUCUGUCAAUGAAUCCAUUCAGACAGCGGACCCGGGCUGGAGUCACCGAGAGCAGCGCUCGGUGUGUGUAGUCGGUGUUCGGCGGAGCUCUCCGUAUCUCAGUGCGCCAAGAGGAAAAGUGUUGAUCCCAAGGACGUUCGCUACCCAAAUCUCGAGAAGCGCAAAACAGAGGGGGGGAAACAUGAUGAAUGCUAUCAGAGAUUAUUUCCCUCUCCUGCUUGUUUUUGGGGCGGCGGUGACCGACACAGGCGCCAAAGCUGCGUCUGCCUCUGAGGACGUUCUAUCUCUGACCCCGGGGGGCCCUGCGGAGAGCGGGGCCAGGCUGUACCCCACCACCCAGGACACGGGCAGGAGGCCCCCCGUUGUCACCACUGCCCCACCUGUCAAUGUUCCCAACCACCACCCACUCUACAGGAAUCCCCGCCAGCGUCCUCACGGUCAGCCAAACUACUUUGAACACAGUGGGUUAUCCAGUUCUCAGCCCAACUUCCCCCCUCUAUUAUCCGGGACUCCCCUGGAUCCCGAUGAGAAAAGGGCUUCAGAUGAGAAUGCUGGAAGCGCCAACAUGCAGACGACCCUUGUAAAGCACGCAUCUGCAGCCACUUCUUACUCCAUCACCCCUGCUACAGUCACCAGUGUGGGUUUAAUAGAUCCAGAAGAUGCUGCAACCGUCCCCUCAGCUGCUGCUGCUGCUGCUGCUGCUGCUGCCAGGGAGGGAGAUGUAGAAAGGCCUGGUCAGCCUGGGCUGGAGCAGAAUGGAGAGGAAACUACCACUACCACUACCACCACCAUCACCACUACCAUCACCAUCACCACCCCUGUGCACAGUCCAGAUUCCUGCCAACUGAACCUGACUGGGCCAGAAGGAUACAUAGAGGCUCCACCACAGUCCAGCUCUGCUCUUCACUCCACCAUUGACUGCAGCUACAUCAUCACUGUCUAUAUGGGCUAUGGUGUUGAGGUCCAGGUGAUGAAUGUAAAUCUAUCUGAGGGAGACAAGGUGGUGUUUGAAGAUGUGGGCCACAUGGAGAACACCAUGCUGGCCAAUGAGUCCAUCCUGAUGAGAGGAUUGGUUGUACGCAGCCACAGCAAUCAGAUCUCCAUCCGCUUCCGCAGCUGGAGGUCUCAGGGUGGAUCAGUCCUGCUCAGGUACCAAGGUCGGAUCCUAGAAUUGCUCCUGAUGCAGUGGUAA